AUGUGUUUAUCUUUGACCUUCUAUGUGAACAAUCGGGCAUACAUGACAGAGCACUAUGACAAAUCCUUCACAACAUCUGGAUAUUUGAAGAUUCAUCAGAGAGUUCACACUGGAGAGAAACUGUACAGCUGUGACCAGUGUGGGAAAACUUUCACAAGAUCAUGUGACCUUAAAAUCCACCAACGUGUUCACACUGGAGAGAAACCGUACUGGUGUGAACAGUGUGGAAAAACAUUCGCUCGAUCAGGUGCCCUAAAACUCCACCACCGUGUUCACACUGGAGAGAAACCCUACAGCUGUGACCAGUGUGGGAAAACUUUCACUAUAGCAGGUAACUUACACAUGCACCAACGUGUUCACACUGGAGAGAAACCGUACAGCUGUGACCAGUGUGGGAAAACUUUCACUGGAUCAAGUGACCUAAAAAGUCACCAACGUGUUCACACUGGAGAGAAACCGUACUGGUGUGAACAGUGUGGAAAAGCAUUUGCUCAAUCAAUUGCCCUAAAAAGCCAUCAACGUGUUCACACUGGAGAGAAACCUCAUAGGUGUGAACAGUGUGGAAAGACAUUCGCUCAAUCUAUUGCCCUAAAAAUCCACCGACGUGUUCACACUGGAGAGAAACCGUACUGGUGUGAACAGUGUGGGAAAACUUUCGCUGUGUCAAGUAGCCUAAAAAGCCACCAACGUGUUCACACUGGAGAGAAACCGUUCAGCUGUGACCAGUGUGGAAAAACCUUCACUACAUCAGGUAACUUACAAAUGCAUCAACGUGUUCACACUGGAGAGAAACCGCACUGGUGUGAACAGUGUGGAAAAACUUUCACUCAAUCAGCUCACCUAAAAAUCCACCGACGUGUUCACACUGGAGAGAAACCGUACAGCUGUGACCAGUGUGACAAAUCUUAUACCGACAGGAGAAACCUUAGAAGACACAAAUCCAUUCACAAAGCAUCAGAGUGACAGUUUUCACAGAGCCAAGCUAGCCGUUUCCUCCUGCC